CGCCAAGUACGAGCUGGGGAAGGAGGUGGGUCGCGACCAUUUCGGCCACACCUGCUCGCGCGCGCCCGCAAGGGAGACAUGAGAGGCCAGGUCAUGGCUGUCAAGGUCAUCUCCAAAGCCAAGAUUCGUGAGAAGUACCUAUCAUUGAAGAAAGGUACCCGACCAGACAUAACAACGGCAAUUGAAGAUGAGCUUCACAGUGCUCGAUCUUCAUUUGAGCAAGCCCGUUUCAACCUGGUCACUUCACUUUCCCAUGUCGAGGCAACGAAGAGCUAUGAAUUUUUGGAGGCUGUUAGUGCGACGAUGGACUCACAUCUUCGAAUUUUAAACAAGGAUAUGAACUAUUGCAUCAAAUGGAACCAUAUAUUAAUCAGUUGGGAGAGGUGA